UAUCAGGACCUCUGGACAGGAAUGCGGUUAGUGUCCCCGGGGGUCCCCAGAGCCCUGAACCACCUGCUGCUCCUGUUGCUGCUGCUGGAGGAGUCGCGGGGGUUCCCCCCUGGAACCCACACUCUCCGCUACGACCUCAUGGCCCUGUCCCUGCACAGGCCUGGGAAGCCCCAGUUCCUGGCCCUGGGAUACUUUGAUGAUGAGAUCUUCCUGCGCUAUGAUGGCGAGAGCCAGAGGGCAGACCCCCGGGGUCUAGGGAUCAAGAUGGACCUGGGAGCUGAGACCUGGGAGAGAGAAACCAAGGACCUGAAGGAGAAGGAGCGGCAGCUCAGACAGAUGCUGACAGAGAUCAUCUGCCAGCAGGGCCAGGGCUCAGGCCUUCACCCGCUCCAGGCCACAUUGGGCUGUGAGCUCCAGGGAGACAGCACCAGAGGCUCCUGGCGCUUGGGCUACAACGGGCAAGAUCAGGACUCCCUCACCUUCGACUCAGAGACCCUCCCAUGGACAGUGGCCACACCCUCAGCCCAGCACAUCAAGAAGCUCUGGGAGACCCAAGGCCCCAGGGCUGAUCUGGUUAAGACUUUCCUGCGUGUGACUUGUCCUGCCCAACUCUGGAGAUACCUGGCCUCCUGGAGGGGCCUCCUGGAGAAUACAGAUCCCCCGUCAGUGACUGUGACCUGGAGUAAGAACCUGCUGGGCAAGGUCCUCCUGAGGUGCUGGGCUUUUAGCUUCUAUCCUCGGGGUGCCACCCUGACCUGGCUUCGGGAUGGGGAGCCCAUGCAGCAAGGCAACUUUGGGCCUGGGGUCAGCCUGCCCAGUGGGGACGGGACCUACCAGACCUGGGUGGACACUCGGAUCCUGCCCGGAGAGGAGCAGGUGUUCACCUGCCACGUGGGACACUGCGGGCUGAACACCACGGUCCCUGCAGUCUCUGGCACUCAAGGUCAGAGGGCUUCCUGUGCGGCUGCUCCUGCUGCGGCUCCUCUCGCUGUGUCCACUGUCGCUGCUGUGCUGUGUUUGGUGGUGGUCGAAGCCUAGACGAGGAAGCACACAGAGGAUGCGAGAGCCCAGGAACAGGAAAAGAAUAGACAAGCCAUCUUCCUGCUUCCAGGAUGAGGGAGAUGAGGUGUGUAUUACGAAAACUGGCUAAAAAACAAAAAAGAUAAAGACCCAACCAUUUAUCCUGCCUUUCCAAUUCACAUAAGAACUGGACCUCAAGAUAUUCACUUAGUUGAGAAAGAGAGGUUUUUUUUUUGUAUAGAAGUAGUCCAAAUAAUAAAGAUAGAAAAACAAAGGCAGAGUGACAUUAUUACCACUUUGUGAGCCUAAUGAAUGAAUGGAUCUCAGCCGUAACCAUCCACGGCUGCCACAUGGCCACUGGAGAGACAGCUUGAUGUUGUGCACUUCCUGGUGGAAAGACCCUUGAUGUCACUCCAUCAUCGAUUUACUGGAAACAGGAGGCAAUUGACCGGAAACAGAGAAUCAAGUUCAACCACAUGGUGGACAGGUCCUUGGUGAAGGCACAUUUUUUGUGGAAAACUACAGGAAAAACUACCUUAUUCCUUCACCAAAUAAACUGUCAGGAAA